UCAGGAGUCAGGACAGAGUCCUUGAAAAGAGCCCCUGCUCGACCAUGCGCCUGUCUUCUUUCCUGGCUGUUUUCCGGCCUGCUCUGCCCCUCAUCCUGGGCCUCUCUUUGGGCUGCAGCCUCAGCCUCCUGAUGGUGUCCUGGACGCAGGGGGAGACCGAUGAGGCUUGUGGAGAUGAGCUGGGCAAUGGGAGACUCAUACACAGUGGUCAUAUCAGGGAUGUCCAGGAUGGUCAAGAUGGGAAUGAGGACUUCCAGCCUCGCGUUGUGCCCUAUCACAAGGACCCCAACAAACCACACAAGAAAGUCCUCAGCUGAGUUCUUCACCACUUUGUGAAGCCACAGACAUAGAAUCUCUUAUUAUUCCUCUCAUAAAAACACCCACGGCUGCAUAUGCAGUUCAGCCAUGCCAGUACCCCAAGAGAGGUUUAGAUG